CGUUUUUGGUGAAUCAUUCGUCAUCGUCGACGGAGUCGAAGAGUGGCCCCCACGUGUUCUUUUUAUUGGUGAUCCACAUUGCGUCAUCAGCGUUUGAAACAUACCCGCCAUGUCGGUCAAUUUGAGUGACGACGCUAAUUGGUCAUCGUCAACGUGAUUCUCCAUCAUUCCCGACAAACUACACACACACACACACACACAUUUGGUUUCUCUUCUUGUCUCUUCUCAUCUUUCUCAGCUGGCCGGCAGCCGGUCCAGCUCUCUCUCUCUCUCUCCUGUUCGUGUUGUCCGCGUGAAUUGUUGAAAGCAACAAGCCUCCUCGUCUUCUUUUUGUAAAUAACAAAAAUCAGCUGAUCGACUUUGUCAUCGUCAUUACAACACAGACGGCCUGGAUAAUGAAGAAUCAUCACGUCACCAGCAGCAUUUUUGUCACGCUACUUGCCAUGGUGUGGGACGGCGUUCGUGCAGGACAACUCACGCCCUUCGACUGGAACGAGACGGUAGGCGACAGCGACAGCGACAGUUUCUACGAAGGCCGUUUGCCCGUUCACUCGAACGACGUCUCAUUCACGACGUUCACCAUGGACCCUCAAACGGGCGCUUACACAUUCGGUUACGAUACUGGAGGUGGAGAACAUCAGUCGUACCGCGUCGAAACGCGUUCACCUGACGGAACCGUAACGGGACGUUACGGUUACGUAGAUCCGGAGGGAGUGUUACGCAUCGUCGACUACGUGGCUGAUCGCCGUGGAUAUCGGCCAAAGAUAACGACGAGGUAUCCGGUGUCGCGGACGACGUCGUUCAUCGGCCCGAUCCCGUCGCCGAUCCUCCAAGAGGAAUCGCGGCUGAAAACGCGCAAGAUCCCGUUCGCCACGCCUCUAGUGACGGCGUCGCUCUUCACCAACCAGAUCGUCAGCAUUGGCGACGUCGAUCUCGCCAGUAUCAGCAGUAGCAUCAGCAGCAGCAGGGCAGACACGUUACCUCCUUUCCCUUUAUUCGACCUUUGAAAUUGCUCCGGGUCUUUUUCUUUUUUCUUUUAAGUGGUGUCCUAAAAAGAAAAAAAUUAAGGACUUCAAUAAAGAUGAAAUAGGAUUGUUUAAAAUCGAGUAAUUAAAAGUACGAUUUGCGCUUGUGCGCACUUGCGUUUGUGCUCAGUUUUUUUUUGUUCAUGGAAAUGUUAUGUGUAAGAAACCCGGUGGAGGGUAGCCGCCCCGGCCUUUUGCUCGUGAAAUCGAGAGCUGUUAGUGCCGACUUUUAUUCUUUGUGUGUGUGCGUUUUUUUUUUGAUUCCCUCUCUUUUUGUUUUUUUGCUGUACGUACGUGCAUGUCUGCGUGAAUCCCCUUUCUUUCUAGUAGAAAGUUGUUGUUGUUUGUCGUUUGUUGUAUCCUGUACCUCCAUUUCCACACAUUGCCCUGGCCGCCCUUCCCUUUUUAUGUCUUUCUCUCAUCAGAAUAAAAAGAAGAGAAGUAGAAAAAAAAAAACAAUAAGAAGCUAGGGAAAAAAAAAA